UAAUCCUUUCCUCUCUCUCUCUCUCUCUCUCUAAUAUGGAUUAUGAUUUUGUUCUAUCUUUUUGCCAAACAGUUGCCGAAGAAGUUGAAGUUUCUUCUGCUCCAUCAUUCCCGUAGCCUGACUCAAUUACCAGACUUUUCAAAACUCCCACAUCUCGAGGAUUUGAGCCUCAACGGCUGUAAGGGUGUGUCUGGGGGUUACCAUUUAUUUGCACAACUGAAGAUGCUUCAGUAUUUAGAUCUUAAAGACUGCAAUAUAACGGAUGAUGCCAUUCUUGAAAGCCUUCGGAGUCUACCUUCUUUAGGGACUUUAAGACUAGAUGGAAAUGGUUUUAAUAGGCUACCCAUCCUCAGUGGCCUUUCCCAGCUUAUAUGUUUGUAUCUAAAUCAUUGCACAAACCUUCAGGCAAUCCUAGAUUUGCCGACAAGUUUGCGUAGACUGGAAGCGAAUUACUGCACUGAACUGGAAAUUAUGCCCAACCUUCCAGAGAUGUCGGAAAUGAUUGCCUUGCAACUGAAAGACUGCCGCAAACUCAAAGAUAUUCCAAACCUGGAUAACUUCUUGUGCCAGAUGCAUACCCUUCAUAUGGAAGGGUGCACCAGUCUCACUGCUACUUUUAAGGAGAACAUCCUAUUGAAAUGGGAGGGGGAUGUAAUUGGUGGACUUUCUCUCUCUGUAAAUGAUAUUCCUCGCCGGUUACCCUAUGUCGCGCGAGAGGAUGAAACUGUCGAAAUUGAAGUGCCGCCUACUUUUGAUUAUAUAGGAGGGUUGGUUGUGUGCAUCAUUUAUUCUUCGGACAACUCAGACUGUACUGGGUCCCUAUGCAUUCAUGUUGUUAAUCGUACCCAGCGAACUCGUUUUCACAUUUGGCCAAUGGAGACCCCCGUAACUGCUUCCCAUGAAUGUUACCUUUGGCUGGGAAAUCUAACAAACAUGAAGCUCAAUCUGAAAGGUGGCGACAGGGUUCGUGUGCGUGCAUACUUUGAUGAUCAUCAGAUUAAUGUGAAGAAAACAGGAGUGGAUAUCGUAGAAAGGAAAUUUGUAGCUUCAGAUCUGAUAGAUGUGGACUAUAAGCGUGUGCCAUAUGAGUCUGAUGAAGAUACCGAUGAGGGGGAGGACUAGCAGACUACACCCUAU